AUCGCUUGGAUAUGCGCUCUUCAUGUCGAACUAGAGACGUCAAGGCUCAUGCUGGAUAAUGAGCACGAGCCACUCCCUGCUCGCGAUGGGGACGACAACAGUUACAUCCUCGGCCACAUUCUUCAGCACAAUAUUGCUAUGACAGCCCUUCCGGGUAUCUACGGCAAAGUCAACGCAGCCAACGUUGCGCGCGAUCUGAAACGAAGCUUUCCAAAUAUUAGGGCGACCCUUCUGGUAGGCAUCGGCGGAGGGGCACCUACAGAAGCCGACCUGUACCUUGGCGACGUCGUCAUUGGUACUAGGGUGAUGGAGUACGACCUGGGCAAAGCACUCGACUACGGAGGUUUUGAGAUAACAGCGAUCCCGAAGCAGCCAGCUGCAUUUGUUUUGUCGGCCGUUACAAAUCUCAGGUCCAAGCACGGGCCAGGUCGAGUAUCUCCCCGCUCAAUGGAGAUCCUGCGAACACGACUAUCCCGAUAUCCGCGGCCGCAACUUCCGGACCACUUGUUCCGAGCCGGCUAUAGCCACCUCUCUGAUACCACGAAGACGUGUUGUGUGGACUGCGAUAUGACGCAAUUGCAGCCUCGAAGGCGCCGGCUCACAGACGACUUCUUUAUCCAUUACGGUGGCGUUGCCUCUGGAGACAGCGUUAACAGGGACGCAGCCAAGCGAGAUGCAAUUGCCCGAAAGCUGGAAAUUAAAUGUUUUGAAAUGGAGGCCGCCGGCAUCAUGGACAGUUUUGCGUGUCUUCCAAUCAGAGGGAUCUGCGACUACUCGGACUCCCACAAAAAUAAGGAGUGGCAAAGCUAUGCGGCCGCCACAGCAGCUUCGUAUGCAAGGGAGCUGCUAGAGACAAUCCCGCCACUAGCAGGCACCCAUCAGGGCCCUCCACUACCCAGCGGAUCGGGCGAGGACGAAGCCCGCCGAAAGAAUCAGAGUCUCGUUGCCGAGAGACAAAGAAGAUUCCUAGAACUGCUAGACUUCCCGCAGAGCGGCAGACGGAGGGACGCAAUCCAGCCCGAACAGAUCAAGACAUGCCUCUGGUUUCUCAGUCACAAGAAAUAUCUGGAGUGGGCGGACCUCAAGACUCAAGAUCCAGGACGCAGCUCACUGCUUUGGCUACGCGGUAAAGCUGGAGCAGGAAAAUCGACCAUGAUGAAGUUCAUCUAUCGCGAGGCCGUCAAGAAUGGACUGGCAGAUGUCGCUAUAUCAUUCUUCUUCAGCGCUCGGGGUGAUUAUCUGGAGCGCUCAAUCGAAGGCAUGUACAGAUCACUGCUCAAACAGGUUCUGGUCGCCCUCCCUAGCGUAUACGCAGCUCUAUACGCGUCAAAGUCUUUUGCGGCCGAUAGAGCAGUAUGCCCAAGCCUGAGCUCAUUAAAAUUCCUCCUGAGGGACGCCGUAAUGAGUCUCAGCAAGCAAUCUCUUGUUUGCUUUAUUGAUGCUCUCGAUGAAUGUAACGAGGAUGACGUCAGGGACAUGGUCCAGUUUCUUGAAGACAUCACAGACCUAGCCUCAGCAGAGGGCAUUCAGUUCCGCGUAGCAUUUUCUAGUCGGCCAUAUCCUUACAUAUAUGUCAGGGAGAAUCUUCUCGUCACGCUCGAGAAUGAAGAAGGACACGCCGAAGACCUUACACAAUAUGUUCGAAGGUGCCUCAAGGUCCCCGGAUCGCUCCAGGCCGAGCUUGAGAAAGAGGUCCUCGAAAAAGCACGGGGCAUUUUCUUAUGGGUAGAACUCACCGUCAAGAUCCUGAAUAAGGAGUCACCUUACGGCCCUCUCGCACUGCGAAGGAGGCUCUCUGAGAUACCCCCUACAUUAAGCCAACUGUUCAGAGACAUUCUGACACGCGACAACGAACGCCCGGAAGAGUUACGACGCUGCAUCAUGUGGAUCCUGUGUGCUCGUAGGCCGCUUGAUGUCUGGGAGUUUCAUAUGGCCAUGUGGGCUGGUGAAUUCGCCCAUGGCGCGGUGGACGAAGACCUGGCAUCGAUAGAGAGCGAGCAAGAAAUUCAUGGGUUGGUUUCUAGUUGCUCGAAGGGGCUCGUAGAAGUUGUACACACUGGACGAACAUCCCAGCGCCAUUCUCGCGGCUGGCAGGACAGCUCUACAGUACAGUUCAUCCACGAGUCGGUCCGCGAUUAUUUGAUCAAAGAGAGAGGAAUCAUGGAUAUUUGGCCAGACCUCGGGUUCGAAUGGCAGGGUGUGGUUCAUGACAAGUUGCGCGGUUGUUGCGAAGCCUACUUGACCCAUCCCUCAAUUAGAUCCCAUUCGCGCUACAGAGAAAUAUUGCAGCGAGGGGAAGGGCUAGACGGCGGGUGGGAUCAAUUGGACCGCGAAUUCGCCAUUGCCGAAGCGAAUGUGUUCUUGGAGUACGCAACCCAGAACUUCCUCGAGCAUGCCAACCAAGCCGCACCGUUUGUCGCCCAAGAAGUCCACGUAAACCGAUUCUUCGAGUGCCUCGGGACACCAGCACUGGAUUGUUGCCAGCACCGCCACGAUCGCCAAUACGGGCUACACGCGGGGACAUUGUAUGUCCUUGCAGAUCGGGGUCUGGAAGACUUGAUACGGUAUACUCAACACGACUCUGCAACUACCGCCGUGGACGAGAGGUUACCAUACGGACAUCCGCUGCUGGCCGCUGUAGCAGGUGGCCAUAAAGGAGCGGUUGCCGCCCUCCUGGGGUUGCCCACUAUCAUUUACGAAGGAGAGGAUCUCUUAGAUGGACUCGAGCGUACGACAAACCCAGCCAAUCUCAAAACCAGAACGCCCGUGUCGUGGGCUGCAGAGGAGGGCAGAACCACGCUCGUCAGAUUGUUAGCGCAAAAGGGAUACAGCACUUCCGAGAGAGAUCGCGAUGGUUACACGCCUCUUCGGAGUGCGAUAUGCAACGGACACGUGGAGACAGUACACCUUUUGGCGGACAUUGAGGUCGCUGAAAACAAGCAGGCUCCCGUGAACAUGAUUGGGGCGGCUAUCGCUUAUGGUAGUGAGGCCAUGAUUCUCUCACUCCUUGAGAAGCUUGAAUCAUGGGACGAAUUGAAACUUAGCCGGAGCGAGGUUGAAAAUUGGUUGCGUCGGGCUCGCAAUCGACACCAUGGCGAGGUGAUUCGUGUCCUCACAGACCGAAAGGCUACUCUGGCGGCUUAG